GAGUAUGCGGUGUCCGCCUCACGGAAUAUAUUUUGGUGUGUUUUUGGUUAUUUUGUGACACUUAAAGACAUGUACAACUUCACAUCCCUGAGCGCUCAUGGAGAGCCAGCGGGUCGCAUUUUUCUAGGUGUCGCGCUCUCUCUCCUCGUGCUGUGGACGUUAUUGGGGAAUUUCACGGUUUGCGCUGCGGUUUUGCGCUUCCGUCACCUGAGAGGAAAAGUUACCAACAUCUUCAUCGUGUCUCUGGCGAUGUCCGACCUGCUGGUGGCGGUUCUCGUGAUGCCGUGGAAAGCGGCCACGGAGGUGACAGGACACUGGGCGUUUGGCUCUUUCUGCCAGUGCUGGGUGGCUUUUGACAUUAUGUGCUCCACCGCUUCCAUCCUGAACCUGUGCGUAAUCAGCUUGGAUCGAUACUGGGCAAUAUCAAACCCGUUUCAAUACGAGAGGAAGAUGAACCGUAGAGUCGCCCUCGUUAUGGUCAGCGUAACUUGGAUCGUAUCGGUGGCUAUAUCAUUCGUGCCCGUACAGCUGAACUGGCACCGGGCAGACCUGGGAACGGUCACCACAAGCAACUGGACCACCAAGGAAACAUGUGACUCGAGUCUGAGCAGAACCUACGCCAUUUCAUCCUCUCUAAUAAGUUUUUACAUUCCCGUAGCAGUGAUGCUGGUCACAUACACGCGCAUCUACCGCAUUGCUCAGGUUCAAAUCAAGAGCAUCUCUUCGUUGGAGCGCGCGGCGCAGCGCGCACAGAGCUGCAGAGCAGGUGCGCGCACCUGUCCUCUCCAACACCGCGCGAUAAGAGAAACCAAGCUCUUUAAAACUCUCUCCGUGAUUAUGGGGGUGUUUGUGUGCUGCUGGUUUCCCUUCUUCGUCCUGAACUGUGCGGUUCCUUUCUGCCACAAGCCAAAUUGUGUCAGCGAAGCAACAUUUAACGUGUUCGUGUGGUUCGGCUGGUGCAAUUCAUCUCUUAAUCCGAUCAUAUAUGCUUUCAACUCUGAUUUCAGAGAUGCCUUUGCUCGACUUCUGUGCUGCCAUGACCUGUGCACCAAAACACUUCUUGAUAUUCAGUGCAAGGAUCCGGUGUCCACUAAUCAGGGCAGCUCUGUUAACACUAUGGAGGUCGGUUAUGUUAGUUUGGAGAAGGUGGACAACGAAAUGCAGCGUCCAUUGGUGGAAAUACAUAUGUUUGGAGAUGAGAGCGAGGUUAAGCAUGCUAACUCAGAAGAUGCGUGUCAGAGUAAAUGACUUUUUUAUUAGGCUUAUAGGUGUAGGGGAGACAGGGCUAGUUUUCACAAUUAAUAUUUUUCAGGUUUUAUUUUUGAAUGUCAAUUUCUGUAUAGGCACAUACCUUAACGUUUUGCCUACAAAAAGAUUAAAUAAUGUCCAGUUCCAUCAAUACACAUUGAUUUUAUCGGGGCAUGUUGUCACAUUGGGAAUCUGCUAUUUAUUGGCCGAUUUGAGGGGAAAGUCUUAGUUUAAACUGUUCAGGUAAAAAUGCCAUUUUCAAUUUCAAAGUAAAAAUGCCAUUUUUAACAUAUAUUUUCUUUUUAAAGCAAUUUUACAGUAAAGCAAUCCAUCCAAAAUGUAGCUGUAACAUCUACAAAAUAAUCAAAACCAAUUUUUUUACCUAAAAGGUAACACACAUUUAAUUAAACUGAUUGUAUGAAAUGAUGUUUUAUAAAACACAUAGGACAAGUUGGCCCAACCUACUUCUGAAUAUAAUCCAGCAACUUUAAAUAAAGAACUUAAAGGGAUAUUCACCUAAAAAUGUUAAUUAUUCUCAUGUCUACAAACCUGUGUGAACCUUCUUCCAUGGAAGAUGACAUUUUGAGAUUAUCAACUGCUUGGUGGCCAAAAGUAUUUAAAAUAUCUAUGUUCUACACAUAAAGUCAUACAGAAAUGACAUUUUUGGGGGGUUGGGAGAACUAUCCCUUUAACAUUUAUUCAUCAGUGUUUUUGCCAUGGUUAAAAGAAAAUAAGUGAAUAAAAAUUAGUUUGAUCCUUGUGUGCUAGUGAAUUUACACCAGAUUGACCUCUUGAAAGUUUCACCAAACUUACAUUGAUGUAAAAUACAUAUGUUUUUGAAAAUACAGUUUUCAUUUUAAAUUUGCUCCACAAUAUAUUUGACCCUUGGCAUAAAAUUAUCCCAGUUUGAGUUUAUUGUGUUCACUAUUUAACUACAAUCUAUAGUUUGGAGGAUAAUACAUAAAUAUUCUAAAUUCUGAAAAUUUUGAACUAGGUGCCUGGAACCAAUUGGAUUUCAACACCAAAACCUUCAAGCUCCUUUGCUAUAAUCAUUGUGACAAAUUUCCAUGUCUCCUAUAGCCUAUUUUUUUGUUUACUUCUUUGUAUACAUUUGAAGAUGUUAUCAUGGCCACAGAAAGAGGUUUGAGGGUUUAAUAGACCGAAUGCCAAAGAGCUCGACGAGUCCUAGUAUCGUUUUCCAUUAGGCACAAGUGCACAUGAUUACUUCCUCUCAUCAAUAAUUAGUUGGCUGCAAUCUCCACUCAAGGAAUGUUACAUUUCAAUGUGCAAGG